GACGCUGUGCUAUAGAAAAUGCACUAUUACCGAUAUUCUAAUGCAGAAGUCAGCUGUUGGUACAAAUACCUGCUCUUCAGCUACAACAUUGUCUUCUGGCUAGCCGGGGUGGCCUUCCUUGCAGCUGGUCUGUGGGCAUGGAGUGAAAAGGGUGUAUUGUCUGAUCUGACAAAGGUAACCGGUCUUCAUGGUCUGGACCCAGUGUUGCUUGUGUUAGUGGUCGGAAUAGUGAUGUUUACUUUGGGAUUUGCUGGUUGUGUAGGAGCCCUGAGAGAAAACAUCUGCCUUCUGAAGUUUUUCUGUGGAGCAAUUGUGUUUAUAUUCAAAAAGGUGGCAGUGGCAGUUCUGGCCUUCCUGUUCCAGGACUGGGUGAGGGACAGGGUCAAAGAAUUCUUUGAGAAUAACAUUAAAUCCUACCGCGAUGAUAUUGACCUCCAGAACCUCAUUGAUUCGCUACAGAAAAUUAACCAUUGUUGUGGUGCCCAAGGUCCAGAUGACUGGGACUUUAACAUAUAUUUUAACUGCAGCAGUGAAAGCAAAAGUCGUGAGAAGUGUGGUGUUCCUUUUUCCUGUUGUAUACCUGAUCCUGCUCAAAAAGUUGUGAAUACACAGUGUGGCUAUGAUAUCAGAAAGAAGAGCAAAAGUCAAUGGGAUGAUCAGAUUUUUGUCAAAGGAUGUAUUCUUGCCCUUGAGGCUUGGUUACCCCGAAAUAUCUACAUUGUUGCAGGUGUCUUCAUAGCUAUCUCGCUGCUCCAGAUUUUUGGGAUUUUCCUAGCCAGGACGUUGAUAUCUGACAUUGAAGCUGUAAAGGCAGGUAAUGCCUUCUGA